CAACAAAGUCGAACAUGAACAAGGAGAGAAACAACAAAAGACACAGAAGUGGGCGACAAAGUCAGAUAACUAAGUGACUUGCUAACGAAAAUAAAGCAAUAUUCGAGAAGAUGCUGCGUGCCGUCCCUCCAGCUUUUUCCUCAGCCUGUGCAUCAGGGCUGCCUCGAGGACAAAGGAUACAACUGGCAUCAGCUGUAAUAUGUACAGCUGCCAGUGCCAAUUGUUCACUGCUCCUUGCUUGCGGGUCCCUGCGUAGGCGAUUUUUAUGUUUGGCUACAUAAAGUUCUUCAUAUUACAACUUAAAAAAUCGAUUGCAGGUCUAGUUCUGCAUGUUGAGGGUGGCGGACAACAUAUCGCACUUAGAAUUAGACCGAUCAACAUCGUCCCUCUUUUUAAGCAUGAUAGAGCCUUUUUUCAUAAGUUUUCUCAACAGAAGAUGAAGAAAGGGCCGCGGCAGCAUCGAGGUCUCUUUCUUCGUCUGCACCUGGCAGAGCGAUGACUUCGGCGAAGGUUAGACGAACAUCUGCCGCGAACGUUUACCUGGAUGUAAAAGAGAGCGAGCAGUCUCUUUCUUCUGCGUCUGUCCCCCAGAACUCGAGGUACGAGAGUAAAGUGCGACUCCUUUCUUCGUAGAACUACUUACCACAGACCGGGAAACAUCCGUACUAUAGAUUGAAGAAACGAGUAAAUAACGAAAGUCAACAACAAGAUUAUUUUUAUUGCCGUCUCGAUGUGUUAUGCUUUCUCCUUCUUGUCAAUUUGAAUCUGGCAUUAUUGAUAUCAUGAUAAUAGGUUUGAUUACGCCUACGCUUUAUAAUCUUUGUCUGUUGAAGGUAAUCUUGAUGAUCAUGAAAAUAAUGAAGAUAGGCUGCGCUACUGCUUCGCAAGAGGUAUUGGUAAGUAGUUGCUAGUCAUGAAGAGAAAGGAAAUUGCACCUUGCUAAUGUUAAAAUCAGAAAAAGUCUGCUCCACAUGAGCACACCCACAAUAGACGAGGCCACCCACGUGGUGGUGCCGGUCGAGACACAAAGCCCACGCUUUUCCAUGGUACUAUAACAGAGAUAUGCGGACAUCGUGGAGAAUUUGUUAAGACUGAGGCUGAACGUGAAGGAUUGAGAUGAAUGCAUUUGCAUAACAUGCAUUGAUGAAUGAGACGCUCUUCUGUAGUAGCAACCCACGGUGCACGAGAACGUCAUAGCCAGCACGACUAAGUCUAAGUACAAAGAUGCAUAUGCAUCUUUCUCUACAUUCGCUCGGCUCUUCGUUCAUGCAGCGAACUAUCGAGCACGUUGCGUUCGCAGAAGAAGCUGACACUUUCUCCGAAGAAGGCAGGCGAAAUUACAGGGAACGCCACAUGUAUGUUAAAUUGAUGAACUCAUCGAUUCCUCAGUCAACACUAAGUCAACACGUAGUGUUAACGUCGUCAUGGCUAUACGUAAACGUAAAAGCUGCUAUUCGUCAAUUUCUACAACAUCAUGAGCAUACACUUGCAUGUAAUAUUCUUCGACGGAUCCGCUAACCUCUUUUUCGGAUGGAAGACUGUCAAGUAACCUACGCGAAAAUUGGGGACAAAAUCGUUUUCAAAGGAGCGAUUGAGAACGGACACGUUGUUGCAUUCUGCAUCAUCGUUAAGGUUUGUAAAUUACAUUUGCAUUGACCUUUCAAUUUGUCGCGUCUAGAUGCUAGCUCAGACUCAAUCCACGUAGAAGAAGAUGACCCAGGUUUUGUUCGCGAAAACCUAUUUGGCUGAAGGUCAUUUUCCAGUUUCCUAGCUAGCGUCUCCGGAGUGUAAAGAGGCAAUAGAUUAUAUUUUAACCUCCUUCCAGCUCCAAGAUAAGAGGAACCGGCAAGCUGAAAACUCCAGAAACUAGCGACACCUACUCGCGUUAUUCCAGUGGUGAGCUCUUUUUUAUGGACAGGAUCAUGUGGUCCGAACAAUCCCUACUAAGCAGAAGUAGACACCUACAUGUUGAUCUUUGAAAUAUCCGCCCCUGUCAUUUGUUAUAUUUAUAUAUAAUGAG